GGCCUCAGGGCCCAGCUCAAAGGCACAGGAGGGUCCGAGUCACGGGGUAGGAGGGUGGGGAGGUCUGGUCAUGUGAGAGAGCACUGCAAAGGGAGCUUCCAAGAAGCGGGGCGGCGUUUUUUGCUUUUUCUUUCGCUUUCCUGCGAGGCGGCGGCGAGCCACUCGCCUCUUCUGCCUGACUGCCUUGGUUGCUUGCUCCGUUGGCCCAGGAGAAGAGGGAGAUGGGCUCUUUCCGGCUCUCUGCGGGCCUCCUUGGGUUCAUGGUGAUGCUGGCUUCGGUGCAGGCAGGAAGAAAUUUCUGGCUGUUCCGCCAACGUGUCCUGCAGCAGUGGGAGGAACGUGCCGCGAAAGAGGUCUAUUAUCGCUUACGGCUGUUGGCGCAGGGGCCGACCAAAAUGGUGUGGACGCCUCCCAAGGAGGGCACCAUCCUUCAACCCCUGGACCACUUUGACCGGCAGGAAAGGCGAACGUUCAAUCAGCGAUUUUGGAUCAACGAGGAUUAUUGGCAACGCCCCAGUGGGCCCGUCUUCCUCUACAUUGGGGGCGAAGGUGCCUUGUCGGAGUACGCUGUCCAGUCAGGGCAUUACGUGGAGAUGGCCCGGAAGUAUGGCGCCCUGGUGGUAGCCUUGGAACAUCGUUUCUAUGGGGCCAGCCUCAACCCUGAUGGCCUGGAAGACCACAACCUCCAGUUCCUGUCCAGCCAGCAAGCUUUGGCCGAUCUCGUUUCCUUCCACCGCUUUGUGACUCAGAAGUACGCCUUGAAGUCCAACACCACUUGGAUUUGCUUUGGAGGUUCCUAUCCUGGUUCUCUGGCUGCUUGGUUCAGACUCAAGUUUCCCCAUCUGGUCUUUGCUGCAGUGGCUUCUUCUGCCCCCGUCAGAGCCCAGCUGGAUUUUUUGGGCUACAACGAGGUGGUUGCUGCAAGUCUAUCGAAUCCAGUGGUUGGUGGUUCCAAAGAGUGUCUUGAGGCCGUGGCUGAGGCCUUCUUCGUGGUGGACAGCUUGAUGCAAGCCGGAGAGCAGGCCAAGCUAGCCAAGGACUUCUGCUCCUGUGGGCCCCUGGGGGGGCCGGACGACUGUGUCGAGAUGGUCAGCAACCUGGCUGAUAUCUUCAUGGGCAUCGUGCAGUACAAUAACGAAGGCGUGUCAUGGGGCACUGUGGCAAGCGUGUGCCGUAUCAUGACCAACCACAGUGGUGGCUCUCCCUACCAAAGACUUAUGGCUGUCACCAAUAUGUACUUGAACAACAUGGGUCUACCUUGUCUACAUAACUCUCACAAUGAGACCCUACAGAUUCUGCGGAGCACGAACAUCACUAUGUGGGGCGUGGGCAUGAGGCAGUGGUACUUCCAGACGUGUACAGAGUUCGGAUAUUACCAGACCUGUGAGGAGCCCGCCUGCCCCUUCUCCCGCCUUAUGACCCUGAAGCCCCAACUCGACCUCUGCUGGCAGGUCUUCAACAUCUCCCCGGACAGCGUCCAGGAGGCAGUGUCUUUCACCAACGAAUACUACGGGGCCGACCAUCCCAAAGCCAGUCGUGUCCUUUUCGUGAAUGGCGACAUCGACCCCUGGCAUGCACUGAGCGUCCUCAAGAACCAGUCUCUCUCCGAAGUGGCCAUUUUAAUCAACGGUACUGCUCACUGCGCCAACAUGAGCCCAUCUCAGCCCUUUGAUCCGCUGCCCCUUGUUGAAGCCAGACAGCGAAUCACCUCCCAGGUUGGCAUAUGGUUGAAACGGGCAAGAAAGAUGGAUGGAGACUGCUGAGUGGCUAGAUGGGAAGGGGCUUCACUGCCCCAUGCUGUUGGGAGUUUCUCAAGAGAGAAAGCCUGCUUGGAUUCAUCCUACCAAAAGGACUGCUACAAAACAUUUUUGAAUCACCUAGAAAUUGGCAUCUCUGCCACAGUGACUGUGCCUUUUUAAUUAUUGUUUUUUAACUUUCCAAAUAGAAGAUUAUUUAAUA